CAUUAUGAAAAUCUCUAUCCUUUUCUUUAAUACAAUGUAUCAUCAUCAUGGAAGUGCUUGUUAUUAUUAAUGAGCAAGAAUCAACCCUUUCUUCAAAAUCUUCGUUUUUUAUAUCCCUGGAAUUUUACCCUCCGGCUAAACAAUGUUAUCCCUCACGCACUUUUUUACCAUUUUUUGUACACAAACGCACAUCUACAUCAACAACUACGCACUUGAUCUCGGUUUGAAAUCAUCAUUUCCAACAGGAAGACGGAGUGAGUUGGCAGCAUCAUUUUGUUUAUAGUUUGCUGUUGUUGUUUCAAAAAUUCUGGAAAAAAUGGGAAAAUUUCGACUCAUUUGUGCCCUAUUUUUGGUGGCCAUUCUUGGUGGUUUGGAUGCUUCGCCAACGCCAAUAUUUUGGCGAAGGAAUUCGACCCCAUCGCACCCACCAUCGACCACCAUCGUCGGUCGGCCUCAUCACCAUUAUCAUCCUCAACCCGUGAUAAGACCCGGACUUCCACAAGCUGUGGCGCAACACCCACAUAUUCACGGUCAGGGGUCGCAUAUUCAUGGUCAAGGGUUGCCAGGUCAUAUUCAUGGCCAGGGCCAUAUCCACUCCAGACCUAAACCACCCUUAGUCGGGGCCCAUCAUGGAACUCGGCGACACGUUCACCACAUUCAUCAGCUUCACGGUUGAGAACAAAAAUGACCAGAUUUUUUCAUAUGAUUUUUUAUGCAUUUAUUUUGAACAAAAUGAUUUAAAACUCUGAUCGGGCUUACUUUUUCAUCACAAAACAAAUAAAUAUUCUUUAAUUUGA